UCGGACGAUUUGACCUUUUGACCCCGAGCCACUGGACCCAGAUUGAAAGCUGGACACACAAAAAAACAUCCGUAGACCUUUUAGACCACACAAAUAUGAAAUUAUAAGAAAAAGGAAAGGUUUCCUGCACGGAUCAAUAACGCAGGAGCCAUCACUCUCGAUGCAGAGAGGCCCUUUGACACGUCCGCCUCCCGGAUUCAUGCGUUUGUGGCGGUUCUGUCACACGUGAAAAGGAGCGGACGAGAAUAAAUGAAGCUUGCAUUGUUUGAAAAAUGGAAAAAAUGCAUUGUUGUUGAAGUCAGAACCACGAGGUCCUCUAUCACGGUCUGUCACCUUUGAGUCCUCCCCCCUGUGCACUAGGUCCUGCUGCAGAAUGAGGUCGCCUCCUUGUGGCCAUGAUGGGGGGUUCAGGGUCACGGGGUGGUGGUGGUGGUGGUGGUUGGGCCUUGACUAUGCGGUGCAUGUUUUAUGUGUCCGUAAACUAAACUACAGCAGGUCAGAGGUGAUGCGACUCUGCACCGGCGUUGUCGUCCAGACCCCCUGAACCCGGAUCCACGUCGGGACCUGAACCGAGGCCAGACCGCAUGACACCCAGAGGUGAUCCUCAAAAAGGAUUUGAAAGAGUCGCAUUCCCAUAAAAACAAAUGAACAAUCUUCAAUUCAAUUAAAUUCAGUUUAUUUUGUGCAGCCCAAAAUAAAAAAUCACACAUUAGCCUCCGAGGGUUUUACCGCAUGCACUCAUGAUCACAACAUAAAUAAAUAAAUACAACCGGAAGCAUUGUUGGAGUUCACUGUGACGAAACAGUUGUGGCCCCGGAAAAAAGAAGGUCCAGUCCUCUCAGUUUUUUUAGACCGAGACCAAACCUACAAAGAAGCGGUCUUGAUCCUGGUCUCGAGUACCAAGACCAUCUGGAGUACUACACCGUCCUGCUAUGUUUAUAAUAUGUAUGUGUUACAUAGUAAUUAGUUUAUUGAUGCCUCGUUAAGAAAGCUGACUUAAAUGAUCCUAUUUAAAUACUUAGAAUUAGAAUGUUCUGUACAAAAAGAGGCCGGGUUAUAGUAAAUAUAUAAAAGAACUGUUUAUUAUACUGAGGGAAGGGGGGGGGGGGGGUCAUGUGUGAAGAAACACUUCCAGGUGUGUCAGUGUUUAUUUUGUUCCUGUAUUUUUAGGUUGUAAGGAAACACAACAUCGACCUGACUUGUUUGCCAUUGAUAAAAAGCGAUCUUGCUCAACAGCACGCGGGGAGACGGGUAGAACGUGUGCUUUUCAUCAGAAAGAGUACAAAGUUCAAAAGGUCAGGAAGAGACGAGGAGCGUGUGUUCUUCUUUUGGGGGCCAAACUGCUACAAAACACACACACAUAUAUAUAUAUAUAUAUAAAAACUAUUAUUUGGGGCAGGAAACAAGUGUUGUUCCUUCUCUCAACUUUCCAGAGGAAGUGGGCCAUGUGCUGCAUUUCCUUGAUAAUCCUACUUGAUUAUUUAUCGUGUGUAAAUGUCUCGGCGGCAUUAAAACAUUCUUGCAACUCAUGAGGUUUCAUUUAUUAAGCUGCAUUCCUCUUCUUCUUCUUCAUUCCCUUCCCCCAUUUUACUGCCUGGCUGUAUUUGUGAGAGAAAUGGACGACUUCCUACCAAACGGCUCAGAGAGAGGAGUGGGUGUGUUCGCCAGACAUCUUGUUACACAACAACGACAGAGUAAUCACAACCGAAGCCGACAACGAAACACACACCGAAUACAGACAGUUAGGUGUAUUAUUUAAUGAAAAGAAACGAGCUAAACCCGUCAGAUCGGCUGUAAAAUCCCUCUUUAAAACAAACGGCCGCCAUGUUCUACAUCCGCAGCUACGAAUACGUGAAAGAAAAUAGGACUUGCGUUGUGUUAAUCCGCCACACAUUCUAGACUACGGAUGUAUAUGCCUGUAAUUACAUAGAAAAAUCAAAAAAAGAAAGAAAAGGUGAUAAAUGUCGUUCAGCUACGAGGUAACGGCCAUUCUGCAGCAAAGUGUCCUCUCCGACAGCAGGCUGCCAUUUCUACCUCCCCUCUACAUGCGCGGAGACAAGACACACCGCCGUGUAUACCUCCGCGGAAGGGCUUGCGCUGAAAGGGGGAGGGGAGGGGGGGGUGAUUCAAACAAACAUGCCUCCACAAGCGACCAACCGCCGAUAAAAAACAUCCCUCCCCGUCCACCGAGAAACAAGAUAGUCAUCACCGGAUUACCUGAGCUGCCGUGCGGGUAGCGGAACACGGUUGUUUUACGGUGGGGAGGUAGAGUAAAGGAGGUGAGGUUCCCAAAAAAAAAACCGGGCGCACUAGUUGUCCGUUUCGCGGAGGGAUACACGACGCAGCCGGGGACUCUUGCGCGAGCGUAGCUGAAUGGAGGCAGCCUCUUCCUGGUGGAUAAACAGUGACAGCUACAGGGCAGCCACUUAGACCGCCGCUGCCCUGGCGAACAACAACCAAAAUGGCUACAGACAGUACACUCAUCGCGCAGUUGACUUCUGAACUCUACUUCCUAAUAGCCCGGUUCCUAGAAGCCGGACCGUGUCAGAAAGCAGCCGAGACCCUGAUAAGGGAGGUGGAGGAGAAGGAGCUGCUCCCCAUCCGGCUGGACUGGACCGGGCAGGAGCACCCCGGGACCUACCAGAACCUGGUGAAGCUCCACCGCCACGUCAGUCCAGACCACCUGCUGAAGGUGUGCUCCCGGGUCUGUCCCCUGCUGGAGACGGAGGUCCCCGCCAGCGUCCCCGGACUCACCAGCCUGCUGGGGGCCGGCCGGCAGAACCUGCUGCGCACCAGCAAGAGCUGUAAGCAUGUCGUGUGGAAGGGGUCGGCGCUGGCCGCGCUGCACUGCGGUCGGCCGCCGGAGCCGCCCGUCAUCUACGGGAGCCCGCCGAGCAUCGUGGAGACGAGCUCCGGCCGCCGCCUCCUCGGCUCGUACCGCCUGCGGCAGCUGGUCCCCACGGUGGUGUACCUGCACAUGAAGAUGCACAAGAGGAUCCUGGGACACCUGUCGUCCGUCUACUGCGUCACCUUCGACCGGACGGGCCGGCGCAUCUUCACGGGCUCAGACGACUGCCUGGUGAAGAUCUGGGGGACGGACGACGGCCGCCUGCUGGCCACGCUGCGCGGCCACGCCGCCGAGAUCUCCGACAUGGCGGUGAGCUACGAGAACACCAUGAUCGCCGCCGGCUCCUGUGACAAGACCAUCCGGGUGUGGUGCCUGCAGACCUGCGCCCCGCUGGCCGUGCUGGAGGGCCACGCCGCCUCCAUCACCUCGCUGCAGUUCUCUCCCCUCUGCUGCGGCUCUAAGCGUUACCUCUCCUCCACCGGGGCGGACGGGACCAUCUGCUUCUGGCUGUGGGACGCACGCACACUCAAGUUUGUCCAGAGGCCCAGCAAGUUCACCGAGCGCUCCAGACCCGGCGUCCAGAUGAUCUGCUCCUCCUUCAGCGCCGGGGGCAUGUUCCUGGCCACAGGGAGCACCGAUCACAUCAUCCGGGUGUACUACUUCGGCUCCGGCCAGCCAGAGAAGAUCUCUGAGCUGGAGUCCCACACAGACAAAGUUGACAGCAUCCAGUUCUCACAUUGCAGUGACAGGUUUGUGAGCGGCAGCAGGGACGGUACGGCACGGAUCUGGCAGCUGCAUCCUCAGGGCUGGAGGAGCAUUCUGCUGGACAUGCAGACCAAACUACCCGGGAAGUACAACCCCCCUCCGCUGGAGGACAAGGUGACCAAGCUGAAGGUCACCAUGGUGGCGUGGGAUCGCCAUGACGGCAGCGUGAUCACGGCGGCCAACAACCUGACGCUGAAGGUGUGGAACUCCACCACCGGCAGCCUGGUCCACGUGCUCAUGGGUCACGAGGACGAGGUGUUCGUCCUGGAGCCACACCCCUUUGACCCCAGGAUCCUGUUCUCGGCACGUGUUUCUGCAUCUGGUGGACGUCGUACAGCUGCUCCGGCUCCUACUAUCAACAUGAUCGAGGGUCAAGGUCACGGGGCCCUCUUUGACUGUAAGUGUAGUCCAGACGGUCAACAUUUCGCGGCCACCGACUCUCACGGCCACCUGCUCAUCUUCGGCUUCGGCUCCAGUAGCAAGUAUGACAAGAUCUCGGACCAGAUGUUCUUCCACACCGACUACCGGCCUCUGAUCCGCGACGCCAACAACUACGUCCUGGACGAGCAGACGCAGCAGGCGCCGCACCUCAUGCCGCCGCCGUUCCUGGUGGACGUGGACGGGAACCCCCACCCGCCCCGCUACCAGCUGCUGGUGCCGGGCCGAGAGGGCUGCCGGGACGAGCAGCUCAUCCCCCAGAUGGGGGUCACGUCCUCAGGUCUGAACCAGGUGGUGAGCGAGCAGGCGAUGGACGGUUCUAGUCCUCUGGACACGAUGAUCCAGAGACUUCAGCAGGAGCAAGACCAGAGACUCCGCCCGUCAGACUCCUUCGCUUCCAGGUCCAGCCGAGGCUCGGUGGGUUCUCCCACGGAGGUCCACUCCCCGCCCAACGUGGGCCUGCGGCGCAGUGGGCAGAUCGAGGGCGUCCGCCAGAUGCACAGCAACGCGCCGCUCAGCCAGAUGGCCACGGAGGGAGACCUGGUGGCCUGGAGCCGCCGGGUGCUGGUCCCCGAGCUGGAGGACGCCUCCGUCAGGAGGCAGAUACACUGGCGUGAGGCUAAAGGGGAGGAGGAGAUCAAUAUUUAUCAGUCGGAAAGGAGGCGACGCACCCUCCACUCGCUCCCGAAGGAGAGCAGGGCUCAUCCGCCGGCCGAGUCGGUCGAUGAGGGGAGGCGGAGCCAGGGUAACCACGGCUACCACACGCGCGCCGCCAUGGAGGAGACGAGCCGCCAGAGCGCCGAGGCCGACGAUGAAGACGAAGACGCCUCGGAGGCGGACGGAGAGGUGGAGGUGCGGCAGGUCAACGGGCACUCCUCCGACGAGGAGAAGGAGGAGGAGCCUAAGGAGCCGUGGCCGGAUGACCACAGCAGUUCAAGCGACUACUCCAGCGACUACUCCGAUUGGACGGCGGACGCGGGCAUCAACCUGGAGCCGCCCAAGAAGAGCGCCAAGGGGAAGAAGAAGAGCAGCGGCUCCGAGGAAGACGGGGAGAAGAAGAGGGGGGACGGCAGGAAAGAGAGGAAGAAGGAGAAGGCAGAGAAGGACGAGGCGGAGAAAGACGAGGCGGAGAAAGACGAGGCGGAGAAGGACGAGGCGGCGCCGAAGAAGAAGCAGACCAAGGAGAAGAGGAAGAGGGCGGAGUUUCAGGAGCAAGGCCUGACGCUGGAGGAGUGGCUUCCUUCUGCCUGGAUCACGGACACCGUGCCCCGGAGGUGUCCUUACAUCCCCCAGAUGGGGGACGAGCUCUACUACUUCCGACAGGGCCAUGAAGCCUACGUGGAGAUGGCCAGACAGAAGAAGAUCUACAGCAUCAACUCUAAGAAGCAGCCGUGGCACAAGAUGGAGCUCCGGGAGCAGGAGCUGAUGAAGAUCGUGGGCAUCAAGUACGAGGUGGGGCUGCCCACGCUGUGCUGCCUCAAGCUCUCCUUCCUGGACCCCGACACCGGCAGGCUGACCGGAGGGUCCUUCUCCAUUAAGUACCACGACAUGCCCGACGUCAUCGACUUCCUGGUGCUGCGUCAGCAGUUUGACAACGCCCGGAGGAGGCAGUGGAGCAUCGGCGACAGGUUCCGGUCGGUGAUCGAUGACGCCUGGUGGUUCGGGACCAUCGAGAGCCAGGAGCCCUUCCAGCCCCAGUACCCAGACAGCCUGUUCCAGUGCUACAACGUCUGCUGGGACAACGGCGACACGGAGAAGAUGAGCCCGUGGGACAUGGAGCUGAUCCCAGACGACGCCACGUUCCCCGACGAGCUGGGCACGAGCGUGCCGCUGGUGGAGGCGGAGCAGAAGGAGCUGCUGUACGUGCCGCUGGACGGCGAGUGGGGCUGCCGCACGCGGGCGGAGGAGUGCGAGCGCAUCAUCUGCGCCAUCGACCAGCUGUGCGCGCUCGAUGUGGCAGCUCCGUUUGCCUUCCCGGUGGACCACCAAGCCUACCCCACCUACUGCACGGUGGUGGCCUACGUCACCGACCUCAGCACCAUGCGCGAGAGGCUGGUGAACCGCUGCUACAGGCGCCUGUCCUCUCUGAUGUGGGAGGUGCGCUACGUGGAGCACAACGCCCAGACCUUCAACGAGCCCGGCUCCUUCAUCGUCACCACCGCCAAGUUUGUGUCUGACCUCAUGCUGCAGUUCAUCAAGGACCAGACCCUGACGGACCUCAUGCCGCUCUACAAGACCAUGAAGAAGGCGACCUUCUCCGACUCCGAGGACGAGGAUGAUGAGGAGGAGGAUGAAGACACUAACACUCCCGGAACAUCCACGCGAAACCACAAGGCCCGGCGGCCCACGCGGCGGAGUCAGCAGCAGCAGCAGCAGCAGCAGCAGCAGCGGCGGACCCGCCCCCCGUCGUACGACCCCCACGCCUGGAGGGGGCGCUGCAAGGAGCUGCUGGACCUCAUCUUCCAGUGCGAGGACUCGGAGCCCUUCAGGGAACCCGUGGACCUCCAGGAAUACCCGGACUACCUCCAGAUAGUGGACUCUCCCGUGGACUUCAGCUCCGUCCUCAAGGCGCUCAAAGAGGGGAAGUACCAAUCCCCCGUCGAGCUCUGCAAAGACGUCCGGCUCAUUUUCAGCAACUCCAAAGCGUACACGCCCAGCAAGAAGUCCCGGAUCUACAGCAUGAGCCUGCGGCUCUCCGCCCUGUUCGAGGAGCACGUCAGCUCCAUCCUGGCGGAGCACGCCGCCGCCCGGACGGAGAAGCUGAGCGGGCGCGGCGCGGAGCGGCAGACGCGGCACGCCAUGAAGAGGAGGCGCAGGAGGCGCAGCGAGUCCCCGGCCAGCAGCACGGCGUCCAGUCCGGAGAGAAAGAGGCGCGUGUCGUCCAGGGUGAGCGGGAAAAAGGAGGCGUCGCCGCCUCCGUCGCCGCCGCCGCCGCCUUCACGCACCUCCUCCCUGAGGCAGAGCGCCCCCGUCAAGCCGCCGGCGCCGCCGCAGCUGGUCAACGGGAAGGCCGACGCCCCGACCGCGGGGCGCACCCGGAGCGCGGCGCGCCACUCCACCAACUCUCCGCCCUCCUCCUCGUCUUCCUCCUCCCACAAUGCAACGGGCAACACACAGAGCACAGCUGAGUCGACUCGCUCGCUGAGGGCUCACAGCUCCGCGUCGGCCUCGUCGGCGCCGGCCCCCGAGAAGGCGGCGCCGUCUCCCACCGCCGAAGGAAGCACCCGGAGGAAACUCCGGACCCCCGUGCGCCUCACGCCAGGCUCCCCGGCCAGCCCUCCGACCACGGUCCACCUGAAUGGCCACGGUGGUCACGUGACCCUCGGCGUGGGGAGGCGGGGCCGGAAAUCCAAAGGCGAGCCCGCCGCCCCCCCGGAAGUCCCGACGCCGGGGAGCCCGUCCAGACCGCGAGGGCGCCCGGCCGGCAAGAAGAGAGGCAGGAAGAGCAAGCAGGAGCAGGAGGAGCUGAGGAGGAGGAGGAGGAGGAGGAGCAGCGGCGGCAACCGCAGGAGCUCCACCCCCGACGACGAGCCCGACCAAUCCACGGGCGACGAGGAGGAGGAGGGCGGGGGGGAGGCGUUUGCGAAGGAAACGGCGGCGGCAGCGCCGUCGGACUCGGGCGCCGCGCCGCCGUCGACGCCCAGGAGGCGCGGCCGGCCGCGGGCGGUGAGGACGGAGGAGGCCACGCCCCCCGCCGCCGCCGAGUCGCUCGAGCCCUCGCCGCUGAGGAGGAGGAGCAGCAGGAGAGCCGCCGAGGAGGCCACGCCCCCCACGCGAUCCAAUCGGAGGGAGUCUCCGGAGGAGGAGGAGGAGGAGGAAGAGGAGGGCGAAGAGGAGGGGGACGAGGAGGGGGGAGAGGAGGGAGGGGAGGCGGGAGGGGAGGCGGGGGGGUCGAUGCGCACCCGCAACCAGGGCCGGCGCGCCGCGUGGUACGUGGAGGAGGACUCGGAGGAGGAGCAGCGGCAGCUGCUGUUCGAGGACUCCUCCAUCACCUUCGGCACCUCCUCCAAGGGGCGUGUCCGCAAGCUGACGGAGAAGGCCAAAGCCAACCUCAUUGGCUGGUAGCCGAUGAGCCGCUGGCCCCGCCCCCCUUUUCUGACAUUAAUGGUCCAUGUUGGACCCCCCUCCCCUCGGGAUCGGACUCGCCGGCGCCCCCUGCUGGCGGCCCCCGGGACUCGCGCCUGAAAAUAAGAAGAAAAUAUAUGAAAAAUACAAAUCCCCGCCGCCGUAGUUUUUAGGACUUGAAUAAAACCACGAGGAGAGCUGGAUGUGUCUUAUCUCACUCUACCCCCCCCCCUCAUUGAUCCUCCUCUUUUUCUUUUAUACCCCCCCCCCCUCUGUUUUUCUACGGUUUCUACGUGGUGACUCUCCUGACCCGAGCGUGUCCGCCUGCGCUAACAUACCAAAUGGUGUACCUUCUGUUGGUACGGUAGAUCUGUAGGUUUUGUUUACUGUUGUGCGUGUGUGUGUGUGUGUGUGUGUGUGUGUGUGUGCUCUUCUUUUGCAUGUUUAUUAAGAAAGAAAAACAUCUUUUUUUUUAACUGUGGAGAAAAAAGGAUGUGUGUGUGUCUCAGUGCGUCCUCAACAUUAGCAACACCUUGUGCCUUUGUGUCUGUGUGUGUGUGUGUGUGAGUGAGUGUGUGUGUGAGUGAGUGAGUGUGUGUGUGUGUGUGCGUGUUUGGCCUCUGCCCUGCAAAGUACAUUUGCCUGUGUGUGUACAAUUAAGUUGUGCGGCGAGUUUGUGUAAUUGAAGGGAUGUGUGUGAGUGUGUGUGUCAUUCCGGCGUGCACACAGUGGCAUACGGUCCGAUCGUUGUGGAAAACCUCUCAAAGAAAUGUAUUUAUAGCAGUUGGAGAAAAAAAAUUAUAAAAAAAAGUCUUUUGUGUUGUAAAAGCUUCACGUUGAUAUAUUAAUAAUAAUAAUAUUAUUAUUAUUAUUAUCAUUAUCCUAUAUUGACCUGUCGUCAGUUUGUGACUCCGUGUUAUUUUAAGAUACUCUGAAAAUGGACCUUUUUUAAAACAUAGUUGAUUUUGUUUUUUUAAUGGUGAACACACACACACACACACACACACACACACUCUCUCGCUGUGUUCGAUCACUUUUUUUCAUGCCCGGAUCGAGCCAGAUCAAACUGGAUCGGAUUGAAUUUGGGAGAGAGAAAGACAGAGAGAGAAAUAGAGAGAGAGAGAGAGAGACAUUUGUCUUCUAUUCAUCUUUCUGAUUGUGUCUUUGCUUCUCUGGCAUAUUAAAUACUUGCUUUCUACUUUUGGGGCCUUUUUAUUUUUAAUUUGUUGGACUUCCUGGUUCUGAGGACCGGGUUCUGCUUCAUGUCUCUCCCUCUCCCUCCCCCUCUCUCUCUCUCUCUCUCUCUCUCUCUCCACACACAGCUGUUUAAAGUUUUAAAGGUAUAAUAUGCAACAUUUUCCUAUAAUACGACGUAUCGGCUCAGAAUUCUCUCCCUCUUGUUUUUUUAUUUUUCCCUCUUUUCUUCCCGUUUCUCUUCGUUUGGGACGUUUUCUGGGCGUCGACAAAGAGCCGUUGGCCCCGCCCACAAGUGUCAAACAACCAAUGAAUGUCUCAUAUUAUACCUUUUUUAACAUGUGUGUGUGUGUGUGGCGCAGAGUGACUGGUGGGCUAGGGGGAGGAGCCUCUUUAUAAAACAUUUAUUAUUCAUGUAUCUCGUUCUGUUUUAUUCUUUUCGGCUCUGAGUUCUGAUUAUUUUCUUUUGUCUCUUGAAUGUUUUUUUAUCUUUAAUUUCUCUUCACCGGCUUUUGCUUCACAAAAGAUUUGUUAAUAUUGUGAAUAUGAAGAGUUUUAUUCCAGAUUGAGAUGCCGUGUAAACAACGACUCCUUCCCCCAACAACAACAACACAUGUUAUUGUUGUUAUUUAUGGUUUAUGAUCUUUACUCGCUCGUGGAAAAAAUCUGCAUUCUCAAAUAAUCAUAUUUACACACACGCACGGAUCAUCAGAGCAGCGUUAAGCCCCGCCUUCUCCAACGAGCUCACACGCACUGUUUACAUGAGCCAACAAACAACAACAACAACAACCAGAUUUGGCUUGGACGUAUAUUAUAUAUAUUAUAAUAAUGUGCAUCCUCUAAUCAUUUCUAAAGGGGCCUUAGCGGUUUAUAAGUGUAUUUGCUGUAUUUACCCCACGCAGAUCUUUAGAUUAUGUAACUUGAGUUGAGCUUUUGUCCCGCAAUGCAUUGUGGGAGCUCAUGUACACACACAUUCACCACGGGUCUGUGCUGUUCGUGGCCUCUGAUCAAAGUGUCAGAGGUUAAAGGUCACUGUGUGUGUGUGUGAGAGAAGUGGCUGCUUAUGCUUUUAGGGGGUGUUUUAAGCUUCGAGGAAGGGGGGAUGUUGGUGGGGGGGGGGGUUGUCUGUUUCACGUGAACUGGUGGGGAAAAGAAAAGUAUGUCUUUGUUAGUUUGGAUACUUUUUAUAUAUAAAGGAAAUAAUGCAAAAGAAGCCUGAAGCUCGAUGUCUGUAGGGAGGACGCGUCCUGGUAGUCACACCAAUAUUUUAAGUAAAUAAACAGUUGUGUUUCCAUAACCACG